AUGGCUGGAGGAACAGCAAUCAACAUCUUCCGGAUGAAGGCCCUCGACGUCCCUCAGGGCGUUCUCAACUGGAGACUGUGGUUUGCCGUCGCUGCAUUCGCCGUCCUGGGCGCUGCCCGUGGCAUUGACGAAGGCCUUAUCAGCGGAGCUUUCAAGUCGCCUGACUUCCAGGAGUUGAUCAACUUCAAGAGCUACAGUGAGGUCGAGCAGACCAAUAUCAAAGGCAAUGUCACCGCCAUGGUUCAGAUUGGGUCAGUCGGCGGAGCUCUCUUCGCCUUCCUGGUCUGUGACCGCAUCGGACGUCUUUGGGCCACACGACAGCUCUGUGCCCUUUGGGUUCUGGGCAUCGCCAUAUUCAUGGGUAACAAUGGCCAUCUGGGAGCUGUCUACGCCGGUCGCUUCAUUGCUGGCCUUGGAGUCGGACAGAGCGUCGUCGUCGGCCCUGUGUACCUGGCAGAGAUAGCACCAGCCCCAAUUCGUGGCCUUUGCACCUGUGUCUUCGCCGGAUUCAACUAUAUCGGCAUCCUGAUCGCUUAUUUCGCCAAUUACGGUUGCGCGAAGCAUCUGAAAGGAACGCAAGCUCAAUGGAUGGUUCCCACCAGUCUGAAUUUCAUGUUUGCUGGAAUUAUAUUCUUCCUGUCCUUCUUCCAGUACGAGUCGCCCCGAUAUUUGAUCAAAAAAGGCGAGCAGUUGAAAGCAAUCGCCAACAUGUCGCGCAUCCGGAAUCUACCCACUGAUCAUGACUAUGUCGUGCAAGAAAUCACCGCCAUCACAGCUCAGUGGCAUGAAGAGCAAGAAGCCACCAAAGGCCAAGGACCCCUGGGAAUUGCCAAGGAGAUGUUCUUAAUUCCUCGAAACCUCUACCGCCUUUAUCUCGGGCUGGGGGCGCAAGUACUUUCGCAGUGGUCUGGCGCGGGUUCCAUUACAAUCUACGCAGUCGAUCUAUUUGGGCUUUUCGGUAUCAAAGGCAGUAACGAAGCACUCCUUGCCACUGCGGUUUUCGGCAUCGUCAAAUUGGUGGCCGCUUUGGUUUGCGCAUUCGUUCUGGUCGAUUACAUUGGCCGAAAGCGUUCGCUGGUGUCCGGUAUUAGCUUACAGGCUUUGUCCAUGAUUUAUCUCGCAGCAUUCCUGACUGUUGUCCCGCCCAGUCCGACGGAAGGCGAAGACAUCCCCAUGACUCCCUCAGAUAAGGCUGCUAGCAAAGGUGCCAUUUUCAUGAUGUACCUCUCAGGCUUCGGCUGGGCGCUGGGAUGGAAUUCGAUGCAAUAUCUCAUCGUGGCUGAACUGUUCCCCCUUCGAAUCCGGGCAGUUUGCACUUCGGUCAUCAUGUCUGCUCAUUUCGCCAAUCAGUACGGCAAUUCUCGCGCAGUGCCCAACAUGCUGCUGCCGACUUCCGCAGGAGGUCUCAGCCCCGCCGGUACUUUUUGGUUCUUCGGUGCUAUCACCAUCUUUGGCGGCAUCUGGGUCUGGAUGAGUAUUCCUGAGACUGCCGGGCGGGCCUUGGAGGAUAUGGGCAGCCUGUUCGACCUUCCGUGGUAUAAGAUUGGUCUUUAUGGGCAAAAACAUGCUAAGCUGGCAGACAACGAGGCCGUGCAGAAGGCCGAGGUCACCAUUCAACACGUUGAAUAUGAUACUAAAGAGCGCAAGUCAGAAGUGUAG